GAAAAGCCAUUCGGGGAAAUUUAAGGCACGUAGAUCUCUAUAAUGGCAGCUCCGCAACCAAAUCAGACCCAGGCAAACGAUGAGCGGGGUAAGGCUGUGGCCGGUUUCCGCGCCAAGGUUUUGGAGCACCGCGAGAUCGAGUCACGUUUGAAGGCAUUGCGGGAAAAGUACAAGAUUCAAAAUGUCAUAUACGAGAAGUCUGAGGAUGAUCUAAAGGCACUCCAGAGUGUGGGUCAGAUGCUCGGGGAGGUCCUGAAGCAGCUCACACCGGACAAUUUUAUCGUGAAGGCUUCGAGUGGGCCGCGUUAUGUGGUCGGAUGUCGGCGGCAGAUAAACAAGGCGAAACUAAAGCCCGGUACGCGAGUCGCUCUCGAUGUGACCACUCUGACCAUUAUGCGCUAUUUGCCAAGGGAAGUGGAUCCCCUGGUCUACAACAUGACCCAUGAAGAUCCGGGCAACGUGAACUAUGCCGAAAUCGGUGGACUUGGUCAGCAAAUCCGUGAGCUUCGCGAAGUCAUCGAAUUGCCUCUGCUUAAUCCGGAAAUAUUCUUACGCGUUGGCAUUAAUCCGCCCAAGGGAUGCCUGCUCUACGGGCCACCUGGCACCGGAAAAACCCUUCUGGCCCGCGCCAUUGCCUCCCAGAUGGACGCUAACUUCCUCAAGGUUGUUUCCUCGGCCAUUGUGGAUAAAUAUAUUGGAGAGAGUGCUCGCCUGAUCCGGGAGAUGUUUGCCUAUGCACGUGACCACCAGCCGUGCAUUAUAUUUAUGGACGAGAUCGACGCCAUCGGUGGUCGUCGCUUCUCUGAGGGAACUUCCGCCGAUCGCGAGAUCCAGCGUACUCUAAUGGAGCUGCUCAACCAGAUGGAUGGAUUCGAUGCUCUUGGGCAGGUGAAAAUGAUUAUGGCCACCAAUCGGCCGGAUACACUGGAUCCUGCUUUGUUGCGUCCAGGACGACUUGACAGAAAACUAGAGAUACCGUUGCCCAACGAAGUCGCACGCAUGGACAUCCUCAAGAUUCACGCCGGACCAUUGUCCAAACGGGGUGAGAUUGAUUACGAGGCUGUGGUAAAGCUUUCGGAUAUGUUUAAUGGCGCCGACCUGCGCAAUAUUUGCACGGAGGCCGGUCUGUUUGCCUUGCGCUGCGAUCGAGAGUAUGUCAUUCAGGAAGAUUUCAUGAAAGCUGUCCGCAAAAUCUCCGACAACAAGAAGCUGGAGUCACGGUUGGACUACAAGCCAAUUUAGUAGUUUAUUGCAACCAUAUCAGUACUGUGUUAUUAAAAGGGAAUCAGUUAGCAUUGUUUCUUAUUACUUUUAACGAAUAAUAACAAUUAUCAAAUAAUCAAUAAAAACUGCGGGCAAAAACACAUAACUGAUAACAUAAGCUGUUAAAUUAAAAUAUAAAGAAAUGCUUCCUGAUUUUAAAGUAAAAAAAAUAAUACAAAAUAUAUGUCACCAAUUUGUGACCAACGCUUUGAAAAAUAUCUCAAAAAGGUUAUGCCAAAAAAAUUUUGUAUUUUUGCAAAAAUAAAGUCAAGAUAUUCCCAUUA